AUGUCGCAGCAAUCGGGACCGAUGGACGAGUACCUGUCCACCCCACAAUGUAUGGCCGGCACACGAGGCCCAGACAAAAUGGCGCCCGGAUCGCCGGGAACACUGAGCAGAUCGAGCUCCACGCAGGACUCCCCGCGGAGAGACGCCCUCACUCAGAUGUCAGCUGAACUCGCGGCAAUCUCGGCAAACAUGUUUUCCAGGCAAGACAAGAAAGAGCUGGUGGCAGAACUCCGCGCGGCUAUCCGGGAGGAGGUGGCUGCGGUUCGGCGCGACCUCUCCGCCCUUGAACACCGGGUGGGAGACCUAGAGGUCCAACAGCUGCAGUCAGAACAAUCCCAACGGGCCACAGAUCUGGCUACCACGAGGCAGGGCAACCUCCUCCUGGAACUCCGACGCCAGGUGGAGGACCUUGAGAACCGCGGACGGCGCAAUAAUAUCCGCGUCAGAGGCCUGCCAGAGUCGGAAGGAGAGACCCCAAGAGAGGUCCUGGAGGGCCUGUUCACACAACUACUAGGGGAAGAAGCUCCACUGGAUUUCAGAUUAGAGCGUGCCCACCGAGCGCUUCGACCACCAAGGAGAGAUGGCCUCCCCAGGGACUUGGUGUGCUGUUUUCAAUCCUUCCAACUGAAAGAAAGUAUCAUGAGAGCGGCCAGGGCACUGCGCACCAUCACCUACAUGGACUCGCAUGUAUCCCUAUACCAGGACCUGUCUCCCCUCACCCUCGAUGCCAGGCGAGCGCUGAAGCCCAUCACAGGCAUCCUACAGCAGAAGCGGAUUCCUUACAAAUGGGGAUUCCCGUUCAGCCUGCAGGCAAGAAUUGAGAAUCGCUGGCUGGCAGUCCGCUGGCCUAAUGAUGUGCCUAGAUUUCUACGAGCAGCGGGCCUCCCUGAGAUUCCCGUCCCUAACUGGAUCCUUGAUCACCCGCCGACCAGGCCCACGGGCCCUACAGUUCCAGCUGAACACCUGACGGAUGGUGCCCCGCGGAGCUCCUCGACGCACCGGAGCGGGCCCAGCACCGCGGAGGAGUAG